AUGGGUCCUUCAAGUAUACCCUCUGUACCCCUCAUGGUGGGCUGUGGAGUUUCCUGCACCGCUCUGCUCAUCCUGCUGCUAAUCUACGCUGCCUUUUGGAGGUAUAUCCGUUCGGAGAGGUCCAUCAUCUUGGUGAAUUUCUGCCUCUCCAUCCUGGCCUCCAAUUUGUUGAUUUUGGUGGGACAAUCUCAAACACUCAGCAAGGGCCUUUGUACUGUGACUGCUGCCUUCCUGCAUUUCUUCUUCUUGGCGUCGUUCUGUUGGGUGCUGACAGAAGCGUGGCAGUCCUAUUUGGCCGUCAUCGGCAAAUUGAGAUCGCGGCUCAUCCGCAAGCGUUUUCUGUGCCUCGGCUGGGGUCUUCCAGCUCUCGUCGUUGCCGUGUCGGUGGGUUUCACCAGAGCAAGAGGUUACGGCACAGCCAGCUACUGCUGGUUAUCCUUAGAGGGCGGUCUGCUUUAUGCCUUCGUUGGGCCUGCUGCAGUCAUUGUGUUGGUGAAUAUGCUCAUCGGAAUCGUCGUGUUUAAUAAGCUCAUGUCUCGAGACGGCAUCUCAGACAAAUCUAAAAAGCAGCGAGCUGGUAUCCCAGCGGAUGCGCGUAGUCGACUGCUCCUGAAAUGCUCCAAGUGUGGCGUGAUCUCGAGCACAGCUAUGUCCAGCUCGACUGCCAGCAGCGCCAUGGCCUCUCUUUGGAGCUCUUGUGUGGUUCUCCCUCUGUUAGCAUUAACCUGGAUGUCAGCCGUGCUGGCCAUAACCGACCGGCGCUCCACGCUCUUCCAGGUCCUGUUUGCCGUCUUUGACUCCGUUCAAGGCUGCGUCAUCAUCACCGUCCACUGUGCGAUGCGCCGAGAGGUGCAGGACGCAGUGCGCUGUCGGAUGGGGGGGUGUAAAGACGACAGCGAAAACUCGCCAGACUCCUGCAAGAAUGGACAGGUGCAGAUCAUGACGGAUUUUGAGAAGGAUGUGGACUUGGCAUGUCAAACAGUCAUUUUCAAGGAAGUCAACACUUGUAACCCGGCCACCAUCACCGGGACCCUUUCCCGCAUCUCGCUGGACGAUGAGGACGAUCCCAAGCUGGCAGCUCAUCAGGAGGGGGGAGUUGGAGUAAAUUUCAGCUCCCUCCCCGGGAAUAUUCCCCCUCCUAAUCUCAUUGUACAGGUGCCGCCACUAGGAGGCCUCAAUGAGCUGAGUGAGACGCCUCUAAAGAAGGAGGUGAAUGUGGAUCAGCAGAGACAGCAGGGGCAGCAGCGCAGUGGUGCUCCAAUCUAUCUGUGCACGGAGAGCAGCCUGGGCUGGGCACGCCCCCCUGCUUCCUCCAACAAUUCCCAGGACGGAAGUGCUGGGAGUGGAGGCAGUGGAGGAGGAGAGGGAGACUACAUGGUCUUACCUCGCAGGACAGUCAGUCUCAAGCCCCCAGCACCCACCUCCCAAGGAGGCCUGGGCCUAGGGUGUGAGGACAAGCCUCUCAACAUCACAGUUGAAGAUCCUCCCUUCCCACCGCCUCCCUCCCCUAUGACCCUCCACCCGGCUGAGAGCGAGGCCUACCCAGUGGACUUUGUGCCGUCCGGUGUGGGCAACAUUAACAUUGCCAUGAACCUCAACCGCUCAUACGGUACUGUCAAAACCAUGCCCCAUGGGCAUGGCCACAUUAUGCCUCAGGGUGGUUUUGUACACUCCCACAGCGGACACAUGCACAACCACGGGCAUUCACUGCAGGUGAAGCCGAGUCAGAGGCCAUCAGUCAGACAGAUUCUGACGGGGGGAAGUACAGCGGAGAAAACCAGGACCCUGCCGCGUAACCUGGGCAGCACCAACACCAACACCAGCCUCUCAGCAGGAUCCCUGGAGAGGAAAAGAGUACGGUACUCUGAGCUGGACUUUGAGAAAGUGAUGCACACUCGCAAAAGACAUUCUGAGCUGUACCAUGAGCUCAACCACUCGUCCAAGUUCCACACCAUAGACAGGUAUAGCAGGGACGCAGCCAUGUCCUCAUUCAAGAGGGAAAAGCGAUGGAGCAUUUCGUCUGCCGGAGGUGAAAAGAACUCGUUGAGUGACAAGUCAACCCCGGAGGACCAGACCUCUUGGGACAGCUUCAAGACCAUGACCCCUGAGUUGUCCAUUGUGCCUGGGGAGCAGAGGGACCGGAUGGAGCUGCACAAUAAGAACUGGGACUCCUCCUCUGCUAACACACCCGAGUCGUCCGAAGGAGAUUUCCAGACUGAAGUGUGAACACGCGCAGAUGUGCACACACGCCUCACUUGAACACACACACACACGCGUCCUCGUUCCCGAGUUACAGUACAGAUGCACACAGAGAUACUGAACCUCUGGAAAGCUAUACAUAUACAGGAUUUUCUGGCAAAGACCUCACACAUACCGCUCCCCCCGUCUCCUGCGAUGUGCUCUGUCGGAUCAGACUUUUAUUUGUUUACUUCUGCACUGGACAGACACGGAAGGAAGACUGUUCUACUCUAUAUUUUCGCAAAGACUAUUGAAAAGAAAGAACAGGAGCUUGACACGUGUGCGGUUAAGGAAGAUUUUUAAAAGGAACUUGAAAAAAAAAAAGAAGAGAGAACUAUGACAAAAUUAUUUCUGAGAAAAAUGUCUUGAUUUUAUUCUGGAGAAAAAAAGAAAAUCUAUGUCAAUUGUUUGAUGAUUUUGUGGGGGGAUAAAAAAAAAGAAAAAAAGACAAAGAAUAUUUCUGCACCGUUCAGUUCUUUUUAUAGCAAGGGAUGAAAACCUCACUGAGGUUCCUCAGCCUUCAGCCCAACCCGCCACCCACCCCCAAACCUCUGCUUUCAUUUAUUUCCUGUUCUCUUCUAAUGAGUAAAGAUGGCAUUCAAUGUCCCCCUUUUUCCUUUAUCUCUUUUUUCUUUUCAUCAUUUUAGAUAGAUAAGGGAUGGCUCAAUGAUUUAUCAUCCUUUGCUUUAUUUUCCAGGUUCCGGUUCAACAAUCCCAUCCUUCAAUUCUUUUCCUCAUCUGCAUUGUUGCUUAUUUUGUGUAUUUUCCAAAAUAUGUCCUCCCCUAAAAGUUUAAAACUUUUAAUGAAGAAGAAAAAAGAUUACCAUCUGAGUUGUGCUCCAUGGUCUCACUCUUCAAGAAGAACUUAUUUAUUCUCACACUCGUUUUGUUUUCAGUUACCGUGAGAAUGAACCCAUAAGGAAACGACGAAAAGACGAUCCACGCCAAGUGUGACUUUGCUUUCCCGCGUAAUGUGCGUCUCGUGUUAUUCACCCAUGAGAGUGUGGGUGGGGGGGAUAGGAAGGAUCAUGAUUAUUAUGCAUAUUCUCACAUCUCCUUCAUUUCUUCCCCACUGCUCAGAGAUAAAGGCCUUUAAAGAUUGCA